AUGGCCAUUCACGCCGGUUCCAAGCCGCACUCGUGCUCCUCUGCGGGAAGGGCUUCUCUCAGCUGGACUCGGCACCGCCGCGUUCACACCGAGAGAGACCGCACUCGUGCUCGAGUGCGGCAAGGGCUUCACCCAGUCCGGGCACCUGAGGCGCACGAGAGGGUGCACACCGGGAGAAACCGCACCUCUGCUCGCUUCUGCGGGAGGGGUUUCAGCACGGCGCGGAAUCUACCGGCUCACGUGAAGAAACACCGACCCGGGCGCGUGCCGGAUCACCCGGCUGACGGAAACGGCGCGCUGACGCCUGGGGAGAGACUUCAUCGGGACUCUCAACCCGAUGGGAGCGAACGGUUGAGGCGAAACACCUCCAGCAUCGCUUCACCACCGGAGACAAAACGGGAGGCAAAAAUUAUUUCAUCUGCCGCAGUGCGGAAAGAGCUUCCCGCACAAAGGAGACCUCAACAAACACGUGCGUAUCCACACCGGGAGAGAGACUCGUUCGCGUGCCUUCAGUGCGGAAAGAGCUUCACGCAGAAGGCCAACCUCAACAGACACCUGCGCGUCCACUCCGGCGAGAGACCCUUCACGUGUCCCCAGUGCGGACGGAGCUUCACCUCCACCAGCAUCCUCAAGCACCACCUGCGCUCGCACUCCGGCGUGAAGCCGUUCCGCUGCGACCAGUGCCACAAGGACUUCAUCCUCGCCAGGCUGCUGAAGAGACACCUGAAGAUGCACGCCAACCGGAAGCCGCACUUGUGCUCGUUCUGCGGCAAGAGCUUUUCGCGCCUGGGCUAUUUCGAGGAGCACCAGAAGAUGCACGUCGGCGGCAGGCCUCACCGGUGCUCCGAGUGCGGCAACGCGUUCAACACGGCCGAUUCCUUGAGGAGGCAUCGGAGGAUCCACACCGGGGAGAAGCCGUACGUCUGCUCGCGCUGCGGGAAGGCUUUCAUUCAGUCGGGGCAUCUGAGGGCUCACGAGAGGCUGCGUCGGUGCCGCGCGUGCGAGCGAGGCUUCGGGAGGAGACGCCGCCCCAAGGUGCCGCCGUGAGCGAAGCCGACGCCCGUGGUGGGAGCGGUCCGCCCCCAAAAAUGCGUCCUCGAGAUUGGGAUGAGUGUGUAGGCGGCUAAAAACGUCUGUGUCGUGUUGAGAGAAAAGCUGUGCGUCGACCCAGCGUCGAAAUCCAGCCACGGAUUGGUUUAGAGCUGUGAAAUGCAUUUUUUACUGCAGACUUCGGAAGCACAAAAACUGUCCUUAAGGUCAUUUUUUAAAAUUGAGAGUCGUACAUCGUGAGAAAAAUAUGCUUUUUAUUGAGUAUCUGGAAUCUAAGGGGGCAAAAAAAAAAAUCUCAAUAUUGAGAAAAAA